CCUGCGCACGCGGCCGUGUCGCUGCCGGAAGCGGCUGUUCGGGUCGCGGCAGGCGCGCGGCGGGACAUGGCGGGUUCGCGGGGCGCGGGGCGCACGGCGGCGCCGAGCGUGCGGCCGGAGAAGCGGCGGUCGGAGCCCGAACUGGAGCCUGAGCCCGAGCCAGAGCCUCCUCUCCUCUGCACCUCUCCGCUCAGCCACAGUACCGGCAGCGAUUCUGGCGUCUCCGACAGCGAGGAGAGUGUGUUCUCAGGCCUGGAAGAUUCCGGCAGUGACAGCAGUGAGGAUGAUGACGAAGGCGACGAGGGAGAGGACGGAGCCCUCAGUGACGAGAGCCACAGUGGGAUGGAGAAGACCACUGAGGAGCAGGUGCAGGACGGCAGCCCUGGCCCGAGGACAGAGGUGGCGAGCGCCCGGAUUGGGGAUGAGUACGCGGAGGACAGCUCUGAUGAAGAGGACAUCCGGAACACAGUGGGCAACGUGCCCUUGGAGUGGUACGACGACUUCCCCCAUGUGGGCUACGACCUGGAUGGCAGGCGCAUCUACAAGCCCCUGCGGACCCGGGAUGAGCUGGACCAGUUCCUGGACAAGAUGGACGACCCUGACUACUGGCGCACUGUGCAGGACCCGAUGACAGGGCAGGACCUGAGGCUGACGGGUGAGCAGGUGGCCCUGGUGCGGCGGCUGCAGAGCGGCCAGUUUGGGGACAUGGGCUUCAACCCCUAUGAGCCGGCUGUCGACUUCUUCAGCGGGGACGUCAUGAUCCACCCGGUGACCAACCGCCCGGCCGACAAGCGCAGCUUCAUCCCCUCCCUGGUGGAGAAGGAGAAGGUCUCUCGCAUGGUGCACGCCAUCAAGAUGGGCUGGAUCCAGCCUCGCCGGCCCCAAGACCCCACCCCCAGCUUCUAUGACCUGUGGGCCCAGGAGGACCCCAACGCCGUGCUGGGGCGCCACAAGAUGCACGUGCCUGCACCCAAGCUGGCCCUGCCAGGCCACGCCGAGUCGUACAACCCACCCCCUGAAUACCUUCUCAGCGAGGAGGAGCGCUUGGCGUGGGAACAGCAGGAGCCGGGUGAGAGGAAGCUGAGCUUUUUGCCACGCAAAUUCCCAAGCCUGCGGGCUGUGCCUGCCUACGGACGCUUCAUCCAGGAACGCUUCGAGCGCUGCCUUGACCUGUACCUGUGCCCACGGCAGCGCAAGAUGAGGGUGAAUGUAGACCCUGAGGACCUCAUCCCCAAGCUGCCUCGGCCGAGGGACCUGCAGCCCUUCCCCACGUGCCAGGCCCUGGUCUACAGGGGCCACAGUGACCUUGUCCGGUGCCUCAGUGUCUCUCCUGGGGGCCAGUGGCUGGUUUCAGGCUCUGAUGACGGUUCCCUGCGGUUCUGGGAGGUGGCCACUGCCCGCUGUGUGAGGACUGUGCCGGUGGGGGGCGUGGUGAAGAGUGUGGCCUGGAACCCCAGCCCCGCUGUCUGCCUGGUGGCUGCGGCCGUGGAGGACUCGGUGCUGCUGCUGAACCCAGCUCUGGGGGACCGGCUGGUGGCGGGCAGCACAGAUCAGCUGUUGAGCGCCUUCGUCCCACCUGAGGAGCCCCCCUUGCAGCCAGCCCGAUGGCUGGAGGCCUCAGAGGAGGAGCGCCAAGUGGGCCUGCGGCUGCGGGUCUGCCACAGCAAGCCAGUGACGCAGGUGACCUGGCACGGGCGUGGGGACUACCUGGCCGUGGUGCUGGCCACCCAAGGCCACACCCAGGUGCUGAUUCACCAGCUGAGCCGUCGUCGCAGCCAGAGCCCGUUCCGCCGCAGCCACGGACAGGUGCAGCGAGUGGCCUUCCACCCUGCCCGGCCCUUCUUGUUGGUGGCAUCCCAGCGCAGCGUCCGCCUCUACCACCUGCUGCGCCAGGAGCUCACCAAGAAGCUGAUGCCCAACUGCAAGUGGGUGUCCAGCCUGGCAGUGCACCCUGCAGGUGACAACGUCAUCUGUGGGAGCUACGACAGCAAGCUGGUGUGGUUUGACCUGGAUCUUUCCACCAAGCCAUACAGGAUGCUGAGACACCACAAGAAGGCUCUGCGGGCUGUGGCCUUCCACCCCCGGUACCCACUCUUCGCAUCAGGCUCGGACGACGGCAGUGUCAUCGUCUGCCAUGGCAUGGUGUACAAUGACCUUCUGCAGAACCCCCUGCUGGUGCCUGUCAAGGUGCUGAAGGGACACGCACUGACACGAGACCUGGGAGUGCUGGACGUCAUCUUCCACCCCACCCAGCCAUGGGUCUUCUCCUCGGGGGCAGACGGGACCAUCCGCCUCUUCACCUAGCUGUCCCGCCUACGUAAGGCCAGGGCGGUUGUGCUGAAGUCAAUAGAGCCUUACCCUGCGCUGCCUGGUGCUCCCACCUUCUUGAAUUGGGGUUGCCAACAAAGCCGCCCCCACCACA